AUGGCUGUUAUGGACGUGCUGGAAGGCCUGCCGAACGGACUAGGUGCUGGUAUUUUCUACUGGGAACCAGGAUAUAUCUCGGUGCCUGGACUUGGGAGUGCCUGUGGAUCGAAUCUGCUAUUCAGUGUAAACUGGGACAAUUGGCCCGACACGUACGCCAAGGCUCUCUCAUCGAUCUACAUGUUUGCCGGUGAAGGGAAUACGUCUACUCCUAUUGCUGCUUCAACCACCACCACUGCUUCGCUGCAAACACAAAUUAACUUCUCGCAGCUGGACCAAAGUAGCAGAUCUAAACAGUCAGAGGAGAGCUCGACGCAACAAACCGACGGUGGCUCUGUGCAACAACACUGA